UUAUACAUUUGUUAUGGUAUGAGUGCAUUAAUCAUUAAUAUUAUAAGGUGCCCAACUUGUGCCAUAUUAGGGAAAUACCAACAAAAAGGAUGGGGUAGAACACAAACUUCAAUCUCAACUAUUAUCAAAAUUUUCUCAUCACAGCCCUACACCCUCAUCCUACCAAACUCCGAAGAAGACAUAACCGGAGCAGCCGAAACAACAAACUGGCUCUCCAAUAACCUCCAACCCCUCCUCCCCACCGGCGUCGAACCCAACCUCCUCAACCUCGCCCUCGCCGGCCACAGAAGAGGCGGCCACUUCUCUCUCGCCCUCAGCCACGCACAAACCGCUCCCAACUUCUCCGCACUCAUCGGCGUCGACCCAGUCGUCGGAACAAGCAAAACCGCCCAAACCCCUCCUCAAAUCCUCACCUACAAACCCUCCUCCUUUGAGCUAGGGUUUCCGGCGGUGGUGAUCGGGCCAGGGCUCGGCAGCCAGAAGAAGAAUUUCCUAUUUCCAGCUUGUGCACCUGAUGGAGUCAGCCAUAAUGAGUUCUAUAGGGAAUGCCAGGCUCCUUGCUAUCAUUUUGUGAUAUCGGACUUCGGCCAUGUCGAUAUGGUGUAUGACAACGCGCCGAAGAUAUUUAGAUGCGCAUGCAAGAAUGGGGACGGUAACUGCAGAGAUCUCAUGAGAAGGAGCAUUGCAGGGACUGUUGUUACCUUUCUGAGAGGCUGCUUUGAGGACCAAAAGGGAGAUCUCAGAGUGAUCCUUGCUGAUCCUCAGUCUGCUCCAGCUAAACUAGACCCUGUUUCGUGCCGCGGGAGCUGAAUAACAAAAACAAAGGUGCCAAUAUUUGGUAUCUAUAACUACUACUACUACUACCAACGAAAGCUUUUACUCCAAUUUGGG